CACACACAAGCAAAAAUGGAAAACCCUUCCUCUUUCUCCUCCUUCAAAUCCUACCUCCACGCCCUCUCCGACACCCCUCACCGCCUCUCCCGCCGCGCCUGCUCCGCCUCCGCCUCCUCCGAGGAGACCGCCCGGGCCCGCGCCCGGUCCGGCUCCGACCUCCGCCGCAGCCUCCGGUGGCACGACCUCAUCGGGUUCGGUCUCGGCGGCAUGGUCGGGGCCGGUGUGUUCGUGACCUCCGGCCGCGCCGCCCGCCUCUGCGCCGGCCCCGCCGUGGUCCUCUCCUACGCCCUCGCCGGCCUCUGCGCCCUCCUCUCCGCCUUCUGCUACACCGAGUUCGCCGUCGAGAUGCCCGUCGCCGGCGGCGCCUUCAGCUACAUCCGCGCCACCUUCGGCGAGUUCCUCGCCUUCGUCACCGGCGCCAACCUCGUCAUCGACUACGUCCUCUCCAAUGCCGCCGUCGCCCGCGGCUUCACCGCCUACCUCGCCACCGCCCUCGGCCACCCCACCCUCCGCCUCACCCUCCACUCCCUCCCCGAGGGCUACAACGAGAUGGACCCCAUCGCCGUCGCCAUCGUCCUCCUCCUCACCUUCAUCAUCUGCUACAGCACGAGGGAGAGUUCAUGGCUGAACAUGGUGUUGACGGUGUUGCACAUCUUGUUCAUAGUGUUUGUGAUAGUGGUGGGGUUUUGGAGGGGGGAUAUGAGGAAUUUUACGGAACCCGGUAACCCGGAGAAUGCGGGCGGGUUUUUCCCGUUCGGGGCCUCGGGCGUGUUCAAUGGUGCGGCGAUGGUGUACCUAAGCUACAUAGGAUACGACGCGGUCUCAACAAUGGCCGAAGAAGUAAAAAAUCCGGCGAAAAACAUUCCGGUUGGUGUCUCGGGAUCCGUGAUUCUCGUAACGGUUCUAUACUGUUUGAUGGCCGCUUCGAUGUCCGCACUCUUACCUUAUGAUAAGAUUGACCCGGAAGCCCCCUUCUCAGGUGCGUUCGAGGUGGGGGCCGCCGGUUGGCGGUGGGCCGGGAACAUGAUCGGGGCCGGGGCGAGCAUGGGCAUCGUGACGUCAUUGCUAGUGGCGAUGCUUGGGCAGGCGCGGUACAUGUGCGUCAUCGGGCGGUCGUGCGUGGUCCCCACGUGGUUCGCCCAGGUCCACCCGGCCACGUCGACACCUGUCAACGCCUCGGCCUUUCUCGGGAUCUUCACUGCAGCAAUAGCCCUCUUCACAGACCUAAACAUACUCCUAAACCUCGUCUCAAUCGGGUCGCUCUUCGUGUUCUACAUGGUGGCGAACGCAGUGAUCUACAGGCGCUACGCCUCCCAUGGCACGAGCAACCCGUGGCCGACUCUCUCCUUCCUCUUCUGCUUCUCCCUCACCUCCCUCAUCUUCACUCUCCUCUGGCAAUUUGCUCCACCAGGCAAGCCCAAGACCUACAUGCUCGGCUCAUGCAUCGCCCUAGCUUUCGGAGUUGUACUCUUGUUCCAUUUGAUGGUACCACAGGCCCGAAAGCCCGAGUUUUGGGGAGUCCCCUUCAUGCCAUGGAUCCCCUCCAUCUCCAUUUUCCUCAACAUUUUCUUGCUUGGCUCUCUUGACAAGCCCUCCUAUGUUAGGUUCGGGUUUUUCUCGGGCCUCGUUGUGCUUGUUUACGUCCUCUAUAGCGUGCACUCGAGCUUUGACGCGGAGAGGGAGGGGAUUCUUAGUCGAAAGGCGGUCGAGAUGGCGGUCGAAAACGGAGGUGAAGAUCAGAAAGUUUGAUGUGUUUUUUUCUUUGUUUUGUUAUGUUGUAGUAAUAAGUUUAGAGAGAAAAGGAUGAGAAAAGAAAAUGAAUAGGGAAGUGUAUAGUCUUCUUUUUUUUUCCAAAGUAGGGGCUUUUAGGUUUGAUGUCACUUUUUUGCAUAUGUUUGGCAUUUUGAUCAAAUCAAUUCUUGUGCACCUUUAACUGAAAAAGGUUUAUAAAGUCAAUGAAAAUUUAUGGGGUCCCACUCUCUCUUUAA